GUUAAACAGAUAUGGAGUAUCCUGACAGCAUGCACCCCCACUCUCAUCUCUCUAAAUUGUUUAAUUUUAGAUUUGUGUUGCAUGGAAUUUGCAGUGUUCGGGAUAAGUAGGCUACGACUUUUGUGGUUUUAUUAGUCCAUGAAGGAAGUUGCGCCACGAACUGGCGGAAAACGAAAGUGAAACUAGCGUAAGUAGGCUACCUGUUACAACAAAACAUUCGCAAAAUCUGUCCUAUGAGGAAUGAUUGAUGCGAUGUCAGGUAACCAGGACUUUUUCACGUCUCCGAUGGUGGACGAACUCAGAGACCAUGAUGCAAUUCCAUCUACAGCAGAGAGAAAGACACGCUUCAGGGAGACCCACAGUAAAAUUCAGCAGAGAAUCCAGAUGAAAGAGAAGAAGCUGCAGGCAUUGAGGAAAGCUGUGGAGACACUCAAGAGCUCUGCUCAGACAGCAGUGGUGGACAGUGAGAGGAUCUUCAUUGAAAUGAUCUACUUCAUUGAGAGAAGGCGCUCUGAGGUGAAAGAGUUGAUCAGAGCUCAGGAGAAGGCUGAGGUGAGUCGGGCUGAAAGCCUCCUGAAGCAACUGGAGCAGGAGAUUGCUGAGCUGAAGAGGAGAGAUUCUGAGAUGGAGCAGCUUUUACAUGCAAAGGAUAACAUCCAAUUCCUCAAGAGCCUUACAGAGAAAUCUGUCUCCACACUAAAAGAACAGCUGGAAGACUUCUGCAAGCAGGAAGUCAUGAAGAUAUCUGCAGUGUCUGAUGUCCAGGCUGUCUUGCCUGAACCAGUGACCAGAGAGGAGUUCUUACUGUAUUUCACUCCCUUCACACUGGAUCCAAACACAGCACACAGAGAACUCCAUCUGUCUGAGGGGAACAGGAGCGUGGAAUGGAGAGCUAAGGUCCAGUCAUAUUCAGAUCAUCCAGAGAGAUUUGAUUGGCCUCAGGUACUGUGUAGAGAGGGAGUGUCUGGACGCUGCUACUGGGAGGUUGAGUGGAGUGGGGAAAAUGCGGUUGAUAUAGCAGUCUCUUAUAAAAGUAUCAGCAGGAAAGGAGGGUGUGAGUGUGUGUUUGGAGGUAAUGACCAAUCCUGGAGUCUGAUGCUUGUCAGCUCUAACUCCUCUUUCAGACACAACGAUGAAGAGACUAAACUCCCUCUAGUCUGCAGUUCGAAAAAGAUAGGAGUGUACGUGGAUCACAGGGCAGGCACUCUGGCCUUCUACAGCAUCUCUGAUACAAUGACCCUCCUGCACAGAGUUCAGACUACAUUCACUCACACACUCUACCCUGGGUUUUUGGUUGGCUUUAGGUCAUCGGUUAAGUUGUUGUGACAGAGAUAUACAGUAUAGACACUUCUUCCAGAGCACAUCCUUCCUGUCUAUUCUGGGUUUUGGUUUUGGCGAUAAAGGCACUAUGUCGAGUUCCAUAGGCUUUUAGUUGUCUUGAAAGCAGCCACAUGUAAAUCUUUUGUUAACCCAUAUUGUAUGCAAUACAGCGGCUACAUGCUAACUUCAGUGUAUAUCUGGGCAACACAGCGCAAAGGGUUUUUGUUUAUGCCAAAACAGUUGUUUCUUCCCAUUCUGAUGCUAUUUCUAGUUUUCUUUUGUAUGAUUUAUACAAACGCUAAAUAGCACCUCAUCUGUGAAGCUAUUGUGACUCAAAAAUAACUAAGACUAUUCACCCAACUUCUCUUAUAUAGUUUCUCUAGUUAAGUUUGCUUUGCUAUUAGAUAUUUAUAAUUAAGUUUGGUUUGCUAUUAGAUAAGUUUGCUUUGCUAUUAAACUGUUAUGACACUCAGGUAGGACCACAUGUUGGAAAAUGUCCUGCAAUGUGUUGGUGAUCUGGAAAUAGAAGGUAUCAUCUGCUAAAUCUCCAAGCCACUUUAGUUUACAUGUCCUUUGUAUCUUAUAUACUUUAUACUUCUUUGCACUUCAGACUUGACUUGACUAUUUAAAUGAUACUUUAAUGUUCCUAUUUAUAUUACCUAAAUAAGUUGAGCUGGUUCUGAGUCUAAAGAAUUUCACUACUGGAAAUUAUGUUGCAUCUUGAUCAAGUGUAGGAAAGUACUGAAGACAAACUCAGAAUUUAUUUAGAAUGACCAAAAUGCAAAUAAAGACAGAGGUGUAAUUUGUUAGAUUACCCUAAUUACAAAAUGAUAUAUAGCCAAGGCAUUUCAUGUUUUACCUAAUCGGUUUUCUUGUUUUUGAAGAUAUAUGUUCAUUUUGAAAUUGAUGCCUGCAACACGUUCCAAAAUUUACCACAGACAAUUGUGGAUUAAUGUGACAUCACAUUGAGCUCGGCAGUGAAAACAACUAAUAGUGAAAAGAGAAUUUGGGAUUGACGGGUACAUGUGCUUUAGUGGAUUAUUUCCAUUUAAUUUUUAUUUAUUUCCAUUUGGAUUUAUUAUACCAAUCCACCACAUUCCACAGGAAAAUAUGGUACUAUUUACUCUUAUUUUACAGCAUUAGUUACUAAAAUAAAACACAUUUAUAGCCAGAGGUUUCCAACCAUUUGGGCUUCUGAUGUCUCACAAACACAUGUAAUGUACACAUUUAAUGUCCAGGAGAGUUGGUAAAAGCCUCCACCGAACUGGGAUGUGUCCCUCUAAACUUCACAUAUGAUUUUAUUUCAGGGGAUCCAGCAGCAGAGCUUUGUUUUUUAAAUGCCUUCUUCCAUAUCAUUUCAUGACCCCUCAGAUUUUUUUGUUGUCCCUGCAUAUAAAACUUUUUUAUUUUUUAUAAAACUUUUUUUCUACAACUGUAAAACUUUUUUUCUACAACUGUAAAAUAUUGCUUACAUGCUGAUCUUUCAAUACUGGUGAUCCAAUGAGGUCAUUUGAUACACAGAGGGAUCACACUUUUACUUAAAUACAUUCCCAUGCCAUGUUUUACUGUACUUUUCAUACAAGAUGUGUACUUGUAAUACAGUAUUUUUGCAUUGCUGUAUCUGUAUUCUUACUUAAGUAAAGGAUCUGAAUUCA